AUCCUUGAGCUGCUGGGGAUGAGGAGGACUGAGGAGGAGCUAGCUGCAGAUGUUGAGUGGCUAAAGUUGGUCUCAGGAAGCUUGAAACGCGGCACAUGUGCAGCCCUCUCCUCUGGAAAAAAAGGACGACAACACAAAGAUUAACCCAGUGGAGAGCUACUAGUUGGAGUAAACAAUGGCUAUGUGAGACUGACACAGUCUUAGACAUCCAGUGACACUCCCACCUCCCUUUUUUCUCAACUUGGUCCACACCCCUCUUUUCAUUUUGUUCUGUUCUUUCUCUGUUUCUGCUGCUCACUGGAACCAGUCUUUCGUCUUUCUCUCUCCCCGUCUCUCUGCUGUUUCCUUCUCUGAGUUGAGGCUGUAAAUUGCUCAAAAUGGUUGCUGAGGUAGACACAGCAUCUCAGGGCAGCAGCGUGCGGCUGAAGCAGGAGAUUUCCCUCCUUCAUGGAGUAUGUCUCAUCGUAGGGAACAUGAUAGGCUCUGGCAUCUUUGUCUCACCCAAGGGAGUGCUCAUGUACACAGGCUCAUUUGGCCUGUCCCUGGUAGUGUGGGCCAUUGGAGGGAUAUUUUCUGUGUUUGGUGCAUUAUGCUACGCUGAGCUGGGUACCACCAUCCGCAAGUCUGGAGCCUCCUAUGCUUACAUCCUGGAGGCCUUUGGAGGUUUCUUGGCUUUUAUCCGACUGUGGACGUCGCUGCUGAUAGUUGAGCCAGCUUGUCAGGCAGUGAUAGGUCUGACCUUCUCCAACUACCUGGUCCAGCCUUUCUACCCCACCUGCUCUGCCCCUUAUGUGGCUGUCCGCCUCAUUGCUGCCGUCAUCAUAUGUCUGCUGACUUUUGUGAACUGCAUGAAAGUGAAAUGGGGUGCUAUUCUUCAGGUCGUCUCCACUGUAGCCAAGGUCCUAGCUCUUAUUGUCAUCAUCAUUACUGGCAUGGUUAAGCUGGCACAAGGUUUUGACCAGAACUUUGAGGACUCAUUCAAAGGCUCCAAGGUGAACCCUGGUGACAUGGCUCUGGCCCUCUAUUCAGCACUCUAUUCCUACUCUGGCUGGGACACACUUAACUUCAUCACAGAGGAGAUCAAAAACCCAGAGAGGAAUCUGCCGUUGUCCAUCGCUAUUUCCAUGCCCAUUGUCACAGUGAUCUACAUCUUGACCAAUGUGGCUUACUACGUCGUCAUGGAUGCCGACAAAGUGCUCAGCAGUGACGCUGUUGCUGUGACGUUUGCAGAUGAAGUCCUGGGCUGGGGCCGAUGGCUGAUCCCUCUGUCUGUAGCAAUUUCUUGCUACGGUGGUCUCAACUCCUCAAUUAUUGCUGCCUCCAGGUUGUUUUUCGUUGGUUCCAGAGAAGGCCACCUACCUAAUGUCCUGUGCAUGAUCCACAUUAAGCGUUUCACACCAAUUCCUGCCCUGCUGUUCAAUGGUGUCAUGUCUCUGUUCUACUUGGUUGUGCCCGAUGUUUUCCAGUUGAUCAACUACUUCAGUUUUAAUUAUUGGCUGUUUAUUGGCUUGUCAAUAGCCAGCCAGAUCUACCUUCGUUUCAAAUUUCCAGAUCUGCACAGACCUGUCAAGCUGUCUUUGUUCUUCCCAAUAGUCUACUGCUUGUGCAGCGUUUUCCUCGUAGUGGUUCCCCUCUACAGUGAUACCAUCAACUCUCUGGUGGGAAUUGCAGUGGCAUUGUCUGGUGCACCAGUCUACUUCAUUUGCAUCCACCUGCCGUCCAGCUCCAGACCAGCCUUCCUCAGCAAAAUGAUUGAUAAGAUCUCUCUGUACACACAAAAACUGUGCAUGUGUUGUGUGGCCUCGCCUGAUAUUGACCUGGACAAUAUAGACCCAGAAAAGAUGGACUAAUGGAUGGAACGGUUGAAAUUUUGAAUGGAAGAGGAAGAAUGGACACAAAGGAAGCUGUGAGCUGCAGACAAUCAGCAUUUAGAUGAGCCCAGCUUGAUUGAUUAAAGGAAGAAUGAUGGAGGGACUUGAGAGAUGAGCUCAACACUUUUCCCCUCCUCUCAACCCACACAUGAGCCAUCGAACUGAAGACGCAGGAUUUAAAUUUUGUAUACAACAGACGGCACUGUACAGAUUAACUCAUGCAUGUUCACAUGCUCUUGCACAAAGCAGUGUUUGUGCAUUUCCUCCAUACGUGCCCACACACUGCAACGCACACAUAAGCUGACUGAAAGCCUCGAGGUGACCCUGCAACAAAUGGAAACUAACAACCCGAUCCGGGGGGAAUCAACUCUGCAAAGGCGGCUCCAGUGAGUCAUUCACAAACAGGAGGUUGUUAUGGAAAAAUGGUUGAAUGCCUUAGAUGAGCUGGAUCACGACUCUCAUUUGAAUGUGUGAGGGAUGAACCUGUGUGCUUUCAAACCAGUGGUUUUAGGCUUUGAAAUGAGCCUUUACAGGUAACCAAUUACAUAAUUUUUCCUUCUUAAUUCGUCACAUUUAGGGUGUGCACAAUCCUAAAAUUACUUGGUAAUUCAUGAGAAAAAAUCUAAAUAUCGAAAGAAUAACCCUAAUUUUCAAUUUGUCAGUGGGUGGGUCCUUUCUGCUGGUUUAGAUGCUGAAAGGUACAGUAUAAAGUUUUAAAUGGGAAAGGUUAUGUGCAAGUUUGCGGUACGUAAAAACUAUAUGGGUAUGACAUUCAGACAGUUUCCAACAACAUUUUCCUGGACUCAUUGACCUCAGUAAACUGCUGCACAUUUGCACGUCUUGUGUUUACAGUAUGUUUUACUGUCAUCUUGUUUUAGAAAAGCUUUAUUCUAAUGUGUUACUGAAGUUAAGGACCAAAUGGACAGGUAUGGAUAAUAAUUAGCUAGUUUAUGAAAAGAGGAAAAAAUGUUCAGCAGUUUGUGAUGUGUCCGUUGGCUUUUAACGGUAAAUACUUUUUAAUCAGUGUUCUUCCUGCCUGGUCCUCAGGAACUGCAGCCCUGUUUUUAGAUGUUUCCCUGUCACAGCACCCCUGAUUCAGACGAUCAGCUCAUUAUCAGGCCCCUCUGAAGCCUGACAUCGUGAUCAGGUGUGUUGGGGAAGGGAAACAUCUCAAACUUGAAGGACCAGGGUUGAAGAACACGGCCUUAAAGGCAUCUUCAGGGCAAUUUUUGGUUUCUGGAGCCUCCUAGUGGUCAAAACUAUAAGUGUCAUUCAAGAGUCCAGCUAUAACUUAUGUGAUAUUGUUUAAGCUGUUUACUGUCACCUUUGUUAUGCUAUUUUCAGCCACCUACAAACACAGACUGGUGAGAGGAUUGUGACUAGAAUGUUGUUGGUAUCUAAAAUGUGUUUUAUGUUCAAGCUCUUGUGAUUGUUUGUACAUUAGGAACUCCUCAGUAGGAUAGAGACAAACCUCAGGAUCAACCAUGCUGUUGUGCACACGCUGUUGCUGUUAUUUAUCUCUCUUUUUUUUUUUCUUUUACCCACUCUUGUCUUAACAGUUUGUAUCACAGAUGGGAGAUUUACUGUAAAGUUGCCUUUUGAAUAUCUGACCAACUUGGACCAUUUAUUUAUAACCAAAGGUCUGAAACAGGCUGGUGGACCAUCUGUCUGCUCACAGAGUGCAGUGAGCCUGUAGCAAAGUGUCUCUGCUGUCUAGUGAGACGGCCAUAGCUGUAGUGUAGAAACGAGUCCAACUGUGGUGUGUGCAGUGUACGCUAGUCCUUAUAAACUGUAUGUGCCUUCUGUGAGUGUGAUCUGCCAAAGGGCCUGUCUAUUUUUGAUAUCGUAGCUUUUGUGUACAGUGAGCACAAUCAUCAACAUGCUGCUUUAGGGUUUGCCAAAUGUUUUUCAGGUGGUCAGUUUGAAAAAAAAAAAACUAACAAAUAGAGCAGCUUCAGAUUUUAGAAAUCUUCUGGCCUUGGAUUGAACCAUCCUUGGUGUCUUGACUCAAGCACUUCCACAACACCAGCCAACAGAAGCACAGAUAUUUGUUAAAUAUUCAACAUUCACUGUGGUCAUUUAAACUGCUCAGUUUGGAGUGUUGUCCAGAAGGUAACCACAAUAUAUCUGCAGUAAACACAAUAUUUUAAUGUACUUCCCUAUGAUGUUCAUGUAAUGGAUUCAUAUAUUCAGAAAACUUGAAUGUUGCAGUAUAACUUAUAUUUCAUGUGUGUCAUUGGGUUCUGAACAUAUAUCCAUUUGGGGUUGUGGUUGAGAAAGCUGUGUUGUGUGUGUGUGUGGGGGGGUCUUUUGUAGACUUGUUUUUAAAAUACUUCCUCUUUUUUUUUUUGACUGUUUUUAUUUAUGUCUUUCUUUUGGGGACUGGGACAAAACAAAUAUCAAACUCAUGUCAGCUCAUUUGAUGGGAGGAAGUCCUGCUUGCCCAGACUGAGGCAGGAAGGCACUGUGUUAUAUUUGAAUAAAGGCGAGUACAGAAUGUGA